AUGGCCACUGCAUCGAAGAUUCACCUCGAGGCUUCACAACAGCCGCAGUUCUACGUCAAGGGACUCACGGCUGAGAGCGCGGCGAAGACGAGCCAGUUAUUGCAGGUCAACCAUGAGAAGUAUCACGUCUUCUUCAACAGAUCUGGCUUUCAUAACCACAUAGCGCAUCAUCUCCUCACGCUCUUUGCCCUCAAUGCCUCGCCCGCCGAACUUCAAAAGGGCUACGAUGACAACGUGUCCUAUCAGCGUCCUCCAGAGCCGUUGAAGGAUUCUAUCGUCGACGACAUGCAUGAUCCUGAACGCUUCAAAACGUACUUGGGCAAGGAGAAAUACUACCAUGAUUUCCUCGUGUUCUUCCAGAACGAAAUGGAUGCCAAGGGUUGGCACAACGUGGUGAAUGAGUACCUCUUUGCUGGCGAUGAGCGCGCAGAUGACAUGCUAGUUCGUCUCUUCGGCGGCUUCUUACACCCGAUAAUACAUCUUGGCUUCGGCAUUGAGUUCCAACAGCCUGCCAUCGUUGCGGAAGGGCUGGCGCAAGCAGCUGUGCAUGACAACUGGAUGGCGUCGCUCUUCUUUGGCUGUGAAAAGGCUGCUGAGGCUAAUAGAGGGAAGGAUCGGCCAAAGAAGACUAUAGUACAGCUGUUGGAAGAGUGCAGGAACGAUGAGAAACUGAGCAACGCGCCGCACUUUGACGAUGGGAACAAGAUCAGGGAAGGUAUCAUGCAAAGAGCGCCAAACGAGAUGAUCAAGUACGCAAGCCAGUAUACAAUCGACGAAGAUGAAUUGGAAGAAAAGACAGCAGAGAUGAUCAACGCCACUGCAUACUACACCAGCGCAGCACAACGCCCACCCCACCAGAUCAAAUUCGACUUCUUCUACAUCCACUGCCUAAACAGCAGCAUCUUCUUCUCCGCCUUCCUCUCCCCAGCCAACUCCUUCCUCACCCCCGCGACAAAACGCCGCCUCCUAGAAUGGAAAGUGUGGAACGACAUGACCAUGUACGUCAGCCGCGGCAGCCCGCCCCUCGUCCUGUCCGAAAUCACAUCCUACAAACCCACACGACCCUCCGGCUGGCCUGAGAUCUUCAAACGCGUAAACACCCUCGACGACGACGACGGGCAUGCGUCGAAGCUGGUCAGAGCGCUGGCACAUGGCGAGCAGGCGUGUGGGCCGUACAACAGUGGAGGAGAGGGCAAAGAGGGGUUUGAGAUCAAGGGCGGCGCGUGGUUGACGUUGGGACACAUGGCGAUUGAUUCGGUCGAGGCGGGGAGCGCGAAGUGGGUUAGGAGUUGUGGGUUUGCGCAGGCGUGGGAGGAGAUCCCGCUCAGGGACGAUGGGGCUGCUGCUCCUAGUAGGCUCUAA